AGAAUAGAAAAGGAUGAGAAAAGGGCAAUCCCGUUCCAAAAUGGCGUUUGUGUCGUUUUACUAUAAUCAAGUAAUUUAAUUGAAUUUUGUGCCAUUUAAGACGUUUUUUAAUUAGAAAACAUACACAAUGGAUGCCGUAAAAUCUUUUAAUUCGGAACUUUCCGGAUUAUACGACGUAAAGCCUCCUAUUUCGAAGGCUAAAAUGACGUCUAUUACCAGAGGAGCUAUUAAAGCAAUAAAAUUUUACAAGCAUGUUGUCCAAAGUGUGGAAAAAUUCAUAUUAAAGUGCAAACCAGAAUAUAAAGUUCCAGGUCUAUAUGUCAUUGACUCCAUAGUAAGACAGUCCCGGCAUCAGUUUGGUGCCGACAGGGAUGUAUUCGCCCCCCGAUUUGCAAAAAACAUCCAACAAACUUUUAUGAACCUUUUUAAAUGUCCUCCAGAAGACAAAAGCAAAGUGAUUCGAGUAUUGAAUUUAUGGCAGAAGAAUCAGGUAUUUCAUCCUGAAGUAAUUCAGCCACUGUUUGAUCUUGCCGACCCAAAUCAUCCUGCAUACAGAGACCAGCCCCAAGUCCAGAGCAAUGGAAUUUCUGCACAAGUAGUGGGGAACAACUUAAUUAAAGGUUCACCAGCAAUCCAGAAGAGUCCCGCAAAGGCGCCUCUGCAAGGGACACUGCAGACUGAUCCGUCAAUGGGGCACGUCAGUGGAGCCACUAAUAAUUCGAUCUUACAGGACCCAAACGCGUUAGCGCAACUACAGCAGCUGCACAAACUACUCCAGCAACAGCAGGCGGCUGAGGGUUCAGCGAACAAAAUUCAAGGGCCGCCAGUGCGUUUUGAUCGUAAGCUUUUGGAUUUUGAUUAUGAUGAUGAAGAAGAUGAGGAACAUAUGGCGCCGUCUCCCAAACCAGGCAAUUCGGCAAUUGAAACUGUUGGAAGCUUGCUUUCGAACCCAGAAGUUCUACGUCAGUUACAAACCCUUCAACAAACUAUGACCCAACAACAGCAGGAAAUGGAUAUGGAAAAAUUGCGUAAGUUACAGGAAAUGAAGCAGCAAGAAGAAGAAUUUGAUAAACACCUCGCUCAAACUGUACCAAAUCUACCUUUUGCGGCUGAAUGUGAACUAAAACCGCCCCCGUCGAUUAAUAACUCACCGGCUAUUCCUCCUGGUUAUUAUUUCCCACCAAGUGGCGGCCAAGAUGUCAGUAUCCCACCUCCGAAUUACAAGCCACCUCUACCUUACGAUAUGCAGCAGCCGCAGGACAAUAACAUGAUCGGUGUAGGAGGUGGUACUUACAAAGACGUAAACGAGGACAGCGGUGACGUUGAGGUAAUUAAUCUGGACCGGAGUCGUUCAAGAAGUUUGUCUCCGAGGGAUGAUAGACAUCGACGUAGAAGAAGUCGUUCGAGGGAACGAUCCCGCGACAGGGGAAGGACUAGAGAUUCUCAUCGGAGAAGAAGAUCUCGCAGUAAAUCAUCUAGAUCUAGAUCCCGUUCAAAAACUAGGCGACAUCGAUCUCGAUCAAGAGACAGAGAAAAAGAUCGCGAAAAGGAAACGGAAAAAGACAAAGAGAGAAAGAAACGAGGACUUCCGCCUAUUAAGAAGGAUCAUCUUAGUGUUUGCAGUACAACCUUGUGGGUUGGUCAUCUUUCAAAGUUGGUACAUCAGGAGGAGUUAUCUGACACUUUCGGAAAAAUUGGUGAAAUUGUUAGCAUUGAUCUGAUUCCUCCAAGAGGAUGUGCUUUUAUUGUAAUGCAUCGACGCCAGGAUGCAGCCAAAUGUCUGUCUAAAUUGAAAAACCAUAAGUUACAGGGAAAAGCAAUAACUGUAGCAUGGGCGCCAGGCAAAGGUGUGAAAGGUAAAGAUUUGAAAGAUUAUUGGGAAGUAGAGCAGGGAGUUUCCUAUGUACCGUGGUCAAAAAUUAAGCCCGAUAUCGAUCUUGAUUUGCUCGAAGACGGUGGAAUGAUCGACGAAGAAACCGUUCCAGACUGGAUGAAGGCUCGCCUUGCACAACAACAACAAAAACCACAAGCUCCUCAAGUUCUUUUACCUAAUAUAUCAGUUAGCGCAGAUGGUAACGUCAGUUUUGUAACGAUACCAGGAGCUGCAGCAAAUUCAACUGUGGAUACUACACAACCACCCCCAAUGCCACCUAAUGCUGCAGGUAGUCUUAUUCAGCCUCCUCCAGCCAUGCCUCUAUCUCUCGUGCCCCCGUUUCAACUUAAUAACAGGCUACUCGGCAUGAAUUUGUCGGGUAUGAUUCCAAAUGUCCCCAUUGGGGUUCCACCUCCCAGCAUGCCUCCGCCUAUGAUUCCAAAUCAACUUUUAGGCUUGGGUGGAUCACCUUUCGGUCAGAGCGUUUUGUCACAAUUACCACUGGACAAAGUACAACCACCUAUGUCUUCUGAAUCUUUACUGGGGAUACCAGGAGGGCCCGCCUUUGGUAUUCCGUCACCAGCAAUGACAGCUUCUCAUGACGAUCAUAACAUGGAUGUAGAAAUGGAAGAUGCAGAUCAGCACACAAGAGGGAAUGAACGCAGGGGAUCAGCGAGUACAAUGCUUAGCGAUCAAUUAUUGGCCCACGUUCAACAAAAGGAUACUUUCAGCACCGCUCUUAGCAGAUUACAUGCGGUAACGGGUGGUGUUAAAUAUCGCGAUGAAGAAGGUCAUAGAAGAAAUAACGAUUCGCGUAGUGAAGGACGUGAUGAUCGAGAAAGAGGUGGUCGUGAUUACGGACGCCGGGACCGAAGAGAUAGAUCACGCAGUCGCGACAGGAACCGUAGUAGAGGAGACAGGAACGACCGCAGGGAUCGGAAAGAUCGCGGAGGAAACAGUAGAUGGAGUGAUCGUGAUCGGGAUCGUGAUCAACGAAGAUUGUCGUCUGAGCGAAAUAACGACAAAAAGAGCAAUAGUGAAAAAAGCUUAAACGACCGUCUAAUGGAAAUGGCGAAUUCAAGUGCAUAUCCCCCAGAAAAGGACGAUGAAAAGCCCCGUCCGUUGUUUGAACCACCGCCACCACUGUUCGAUGAUCGUUCAGUAGAUCUGAAACCACCUCCUAAAGAUGUGGAAGAUAAUCUACUAGAAGAUUUCGUACCGCCGUUUGAUCCACGAUCGGCUCUUCAUAACGAUAGCUUCGAAUCACAUGGUCCCAAAAACGAUCUUUUUGAACCAAAUGCCAAUGAUUUUACAAAUCGCCAGGCUUUGGAUGGUUUCGUAGCAGAUAAUAACGAUAGUUUUCAACCUCCAGAUGAAAAAUACGGACCUCCAAAUAAUGACGGACGUUUCGAACCAUCAAACAAGCAUUUCGAAGAUGAUUAUCGGGGUCCUUCACAUAACGACAAUUUCGGUCCGGUAGAAGAAUUCCACCCACGAGGUGGUGUUCGUAGAAGGUGGAAUACGCCUCAUGAAGAAUUCGAACAACCUGGUCCCAGUUUCGAUAACGAACAUGGCUUUGACAACCUGGACAAUAUAGAAAAUGAUAUGCCCAUGAAAAGGGCAGGAAUGUUCCGUAGGAGAGAUGGCCCCGGGUUCCAAGAGGAAAUAGGCGACGAUGAAUUUGAAACACAAAUGAGACCAAGACAGGCAGGACCUCCAGGACUUUUAGGACCCCCUGGUCGUAUAGGACCUCCUGGACCCAUGGGUCCGCCGGGCCCAUUAGGGCCACCUGGAGCGGAGUUUUGGAGGCCUCCGAGGCCAAUGUUGCGUGGACCUGGACCAGAAGGAUUUGGACCCCGUAUGCGACCACCUGGACCGAGAAUGUUCAAUCCAAGAGGUGGAAUGAGAGGACCCCGCCCACCAGGUCCAUGGAUGGAAGGUGGUAUGCGACCUAAUUUUAAUCCGCGUUUUGAUGGACCACCGCGUUUCGAUGGUCCACCGCGUUUUGACGGUCCUCGUUUUGAUGGCCCCCGCUUUGACGGCCCUCCACGUUUCGAUGGUCCGCCUAGAUUCGAGGGUCCACCACGUUUCGAUGGUCCCCCUGAAUUCUUCAGGGGUCGAUUGCACGGUCGGGGAUUCGAUUCGCGUCGAGGCAGACGAGACGACCGUAGACGUUUUCGCGGACCAGACUUUGAACCUCCCGAGGAUGGUGGAGGUGAUUUCGAAGGCGGUCCUGAAGAAUGGCCAAGAAAUAGACGAGACGAUAGGAAUGGUGGUCGUUUUCAUAGGGACUUUGAAGGAGAUGGUGACGGUGAGUGGCAUAGAAGGGUAUUCCGAGAAAAGAGCAGCAGGUGGACUAACGCCUCUCAAGAAGAAGAAGGAGAAAAAGUAAAUGAUCAAGAACAGAACAGUAUAGGAGACGAAGAGAUUGUUCCCCAAGAAAAAGAAGUCGAAAUAGCUGGUGGAUACGAAGACGAUGUUGUGAACCAAGAAAAAGAACAAGUAGCUGAAGAGACCGCGGGAGGGUGUGCAACGCCUCUUAGAGACGAAAUACCUGAAACGAUAGAUGAUAAAGUAGAUCAAGAUCAAAAUCAAGAGGUUGUAGAAGAUGCAGUAACCAAGGAAGCGGAAGCGGAAGCUUAAUAAUAAAAGUGAGCAAAACAAAUUAUUUCAUUUUUACAAAACAAUUUUAUGAUUUAUUAGUUACUAGGACUUUAUGGAAACUAAGAUAGUAAAAGUACAUACAUUUAAUAUUAAUUAAACGACGAAAGUGUUGCAAAUAUGUUGGAUGAGUGGACUGAAUAGAGAAAAUACUUUUAGGCUGUGAUAGUAGGUGUAGUGAACACAGGGGACCAUGCUGUCUUGUGUCUAGCUUUAUUUUUAAGCUAAAAUUGAGUAAAUAAACCGAGGAUAUUUUAUUUAUACACGAA